GCAGCAGGCGAUCAGGAGGCGGAGGAGGAGGAGGAGGAGGAGAGGAGAGGAGAGGAGAUUACCUUCAUCAACAGCAGCAUGGAGCUUCGGGAGCGCUGCGCUCUCUGACCGCGCGUCUUCACACCCUUUCAGCCGAGACCACUACCCAAACGCACACAUGCAGGUUAUGCCACCCCACAGGCUGACUGCAAACCCAACAGUCAAAGAGAAGGGCUGAUCUCAGACCCCCACACACUUCUGCUGCUGUGCCCCUCCCUGUCCCCAUGGCGACAGGAGGCUAUGUCCCUGAGAAAGAUGUUUUGAUCAACCUGCAUCAGGUUCUGACUGAGGAGGAGAAGGGCUCCACAGAAGGGCUAGAGGAUGAAGACUGGGAUAGGGCUUUGUCUGUGGAGCGUUUUGGGGACAUCAUUACAGAGUCUGGCAUGAAUGGUGCAGACAAAAUGGGUCGCAGCUACAAUGAAAAGGACUUUGAAUACCACCGCCACACGUUCCACCACACACACCACCCACUGUCCACCCACCUGCCCCCACAGCGCUUCAGGAAGAGGGUGCUCAGCAUGGAGCGUCGACGCAAGAAGAAACGCAGGAAAAAAAAGAUGUCUAUGCCACCCUCUGACGUCACGCCCACCAUCCACGAAGUAGAUGAGGAGGAAUCUGAGCCAGACGUGCAGGGCCAAGACACCACACCCACUGAGCCCCCUGAACAACAGAUGCAGUUUAGUUUGGGAAGUGAGGGGGUGAUGAUGCCAUCUGUUCCUCUCCCCACAUUUCACUUGGAGAAUGAGAGACCAUCGAGCCCUGAACUGCCCCUCACUAGACCUGCAGAAGUACAUGAGAAGGAAGCACAUGACAAACAAGAAGAGGAAGAAGAUGAGGAGGAUGAAGCCUCGAAUAAGAUUAGUCCACCUUUAGAGCUAGCCAACAUCCCAACACGGGCCUGGUUCUGCCGGAAACCAGUUCACCGUCUGAGUGGAGCCCAGCGCACCAACUACGACUUGAGAGAACGCAUUUGCAUAGGCAGCAUGACUGCCAUGGAGACUGCCGUUUAUCAAAAAGUGCCCACGGACGAAGCAGAAGCUCAGAUGCUCGCCACUGUCGACCUGGAUGACAUGAAGAGUCACCGGUUUGAAGACAACCCUGGAGUAAGACGACACUUGGUCAAGAAGUCAUCUCGUUGUCAGGUUACUCGGGCAAACAACGGCUCUCCUUCUCUUUCUAGCCUGAAGAAGAGGAAGAAGAUAGACAAAAAGACACAUGAGGUCUUUGUAGAGCUAAACGAGCUGAUUGUGGACAAGAACCAGGAGAUGCGCUGGAAGGAGACGGCUCGUUGGAUUAAGUUUGAGGAGGAUGUUGAGGAAGAUACGGACCGCUGGGGCAAACCUCACGUGGCCUCACUGUCUUUCCGGAGCCUGCUUGAACUCCGCAGGACCAUCACACAUGGUGCCAUAAUGUUAGACCUGGACCAGACAACCCUUCCUGGAAUUGCACACUUGCUGGUGGAAACCAUGAUCAUCUCAGACCAGAUCAGAGCUGAGGACCGCGCCAAUGUGCUACGUGCAUUAUUGCUGAAACACAGUCACCCGAAUGAUGAGAAGGAGGGCCGUUUCCACCGAAACCAUUCAAUCACCAGCUUGGGCAGCUUGCGUCAUAACCACAACCAUGUUCAUGACACAAGCUUGCCGCUUGUGGCCCAGGACCAUGACACAAAAUCACCAGAGCACGAGAAAGAGAAAAACCUGCACCCCGUUCCUGCAGAGGCACACGCUGCAACCAGAUCUAUGAAACUGCUGGCAAAGAUCCCCAAGGAUGCUGAGGCCACAGUGGUUUUAGUGGGCUGUGUGGAGUUUCUGGAGCAGCCUGCAAUGGCAUUUGUGCGCCUGAAUGAAGCAGUCCUCUUGGAAUCAGUUCUGGAGGUUCCAGUUCCUGUGCGCUUUAUUUUUGUGCUACUGGGUCCAUCACAGGGUAACAUGGACUAUCAUGAAAUUGGACGUUCCUUCUCCACACUCAUGUCCGAUAAAAACUUCCAUGAAGUGGCCUACUUUGCUGAUGACCGUCAGGAUCUACUGAAUGGCAUUAAUGAGUUCUUGGACUGUAGCAUUGUGAUUCCCCCCUCAGACGUAGAGGGCAAGGACCUUCUGAAGACGGUGGCCUCCUUCCAGAAGCAGAUGCUUCGCAAGCGCAAGGAGAGAGAGAAUAAGAAGAGCAUGACUGGAGUGGCAGGACCUAAUCAGGAGACCAAAUAUCUCAGUCAAGAUGAUCAGGAGGAUGAGGAACUGGAGGUGGACCCACUCAAACGCUCUGGGAUACCAUUUGGAGGACUUAUCCAUGAUAUUCGACGCCGCUACCCACACUAUCUAAGCGAUCUGAAGGAUGCAGUAGAUACGCAGUGUAUCGCCGCUGUGAUUUUCAUUUACUUUGCUGCCCUCUCACCAACCAUCACUUUUGGAGGACUGCUUGGAGAGAAGACUCAAGGUAUGAUGGGGGUGUCUGAGCUCAUUAUCUCGACAUCAGCGGUCGGGGUUCUGUUUUCCCUGCUGGCAGGACAGCCACUGCUCAUUAUAGGCUUCUCUGGGCCUCUUCUGGUAUUUGAGGAGGCCUUCUACAAGUUUUGCCAGGCACAGGGCUUCGAGUACCUCACGGGUCGAGUGUGGAUCGGCUUCUGGCUCAUUUUUAUUGUUCUGGUGAUUGUAGCGGCAGAAGGCAGCUUCCUUGUGCGUUAUAUCUCACCCUUCACUCAGGAGAUCUUUGCCUUUCUUAUUUCUCUCAUCUUUAUUUUUGAGACCUUCUCCAAACUCUUCAAGGUAUUCCAGGAACACCCUCUGAUGAAGAGCUACCCAGUCUCUCCAGACCUCCCUGUGUAUGGACCCACAGAAUCAGAAAAUCUUGUUCAGACUGCAAGUCCUCUUCUAAACCAGCCCAACACUGCCCUACUCUCCCUUGUGCUCAUGCUGGGAACCUUCUUUGUGGCCUUCUUCCUUCGAAAAUUCCGCAAUAGCCGCUUCCUUGGUGGCAAGGUCAGGAGAAUUAUCGGAGAUUUUGGCAUACCCAUCUCUAUUCUGCUAUCUGUAGUCGUGGACCUCUGCAUCCCUGAAACUUACACGCAGAAACUGAACGUGCCCUCUGGUUUCUCGGUCACAUCUCCCGACAAACGAGGCUGGUUCAUCAACCCAUUUGGAGACAAACAGGCCUUCCCCACAUGGAUGAUGGGAGCGUCUGUAGUGCCCGCCCUUCUCGUCUUCAUCCUCAUCUUCAUGGAAACGCAGAUUACAACGCUGAUAGUAAAUAAGAAAGAGCGUCGCUUGCUGAAGGGUUCAGGUUUCCACUUGGAUCUGCUGCUGAUCGUGAUACUGGGUGCUCUCUGCCCACUCUUCGGUCUGCCAUGGCUGACAGCUGCCACUGUGCGUUCUGUCACUCAUGUAAAUGCUCUGACAGUAAUGAGCAAAGCUACAGCUCCUGGAGAAAAGCCCAUGAUCCAGGAGGUUAAAGAGCAGAGACUAACUGGGAUGUUUGUGUCCAUUCUUGUGGGCAUGUCCAUUGUGAUGACAGAUGUGCUGCGGCAUAUUCCUCUGGCUGUGCUUUUUGGUAUUUUUCUGUACAUGGGCAUCACCUCCCUGACUGGCAUCCAGCUCUAUGAGCGCAUCACACUCAUGGUCACACCUGCAAAACACCAUCCUGAUCACAACUAUGUCACUAAAGUGAAAACAUGGCGUAUGAACAUGUUCACAAUAAUCCAGUUGUUAUGUAUUGCGCUCUUGUGGGUGGUGAAGUCCACUGUGGUAUCCCUGGCUUUCCCCUUCAUUCUCAUCAUGACCGUGCCGCUGCGCAGACUCAUCCUUACUAGGAUCUUCGAGGAGAGGGAGCUGGCAGCUUUGGACGCAGAUGAGGAUUCACCCAAUUUUGACGAAGAUGGUCGUGACGAGUAUAAUGAGAUUCACAUGCUUGUGUAAACCCUGGUCUCCAGUGACAGGAAAAAAACCCUGGGUAAAGGUGACACUGGCCAUGAUGUAUGAUGAUGAACUCAGAUAAUCUUCUUAAGAAUUGUGUAAUGUGUAUAUUCAAACAUUGUACUUAUUCUGUGUAAAAUGGAGAUAUUCAUGCCAGAGAUUCAAAGAAUUUAGCUACUUUGUGUGGUUGUUAUUCCUAUUUAUUUGUUAUAGAAUUUUUACAUUUUUCUUCAUAAGUGGUCUCCCUAAAACUUGAUGAUGUCUAGUGUUUCAUAGUCCUUGGCUCAGCACGGUAUACUGCUUUAGCAGCAGUAACACACACAUUUUACCUCAUGAAGUGUUUGUUAAUGAGCUGAUGAGGUGAGUUUAUUGUGUGAAAGCAGGUGAAUUGCUAAAAUAUAAGGACUCUGGAACAAGGAUCUCUGAACACUACACCAUGGAUCCCACAAUGGACCAUGCACCGUAAACUGCUGUAUAAAGUCAGGAUUCCCUGAAUGCACUGCAUUUAGCAGCCGACUUGUUGUCAGCCUUUUCACCAGUGGUGUACUGUAAGUACUGGCCAGAGAAUCCGGAUGAUUUUCAGUAAUAGUAACAUCCAUCUGAGAACCCAACAGGUUUUAAAAAAACAUUCUGUGAAUUUCCAUUUUUUUUUUUGUAUGUAGUGUUAUAAAAUGCUGUCAUGAAGACACUAAGUGAGAUUUCUUCUUAUAUAUCGUAAUAUCUAAGCUUUUUAUUUAUUUGAUGUUAUUUAUUUGCUGUAAAGCACAAAGUUUUCUUCAGAUCAGCACUUACUUGUUUAAUUUGCAAUGACAUGCGGAUGCCAUGAAAGAAUCAGCAAGAGACAUUAGUAUGGACCCUUAUACUUUCCUAAACUUUUUCUUUUUUGUUCAUAAUAACAUUUGUGUUCACAAUAA